CUCAUCCUCACCCCCCUCCUCAUCCUCACUGCUUCCUCAUCCUCGCCCCCUCCUCAUCCUCAGCUCGCUCUAUCCGGGCUCAUUGGCAUCGUCUCCUGGAAGCGGCCCUUCAGUUUGGUGAUCACCUUCUUCACACUGCUGUCGGUGCUGGGUGUGAUGCUGAGCCUGGCCGGCUCCAUCCUCUCCUGCCAAAACGCUCAGCUCGUCCGUUCAUUGGAAGUCUGCGAGCGGGAGAAGAAUUCCUGCAUCUGCUGCCAGAGCCGCCCGGAGCCGCCGCCACCAUCCUGCAUCCCGCAUGGGGAGACCCUCACCAUGUACCCCAACCCCGACUGUCGCAGCGGCCGCCUGGCCCUCCAGGAUCUCCUCUUCAGUGUCUGCGGUCUGUCCGUCCUCUCCACCAUCAUCUGCGCUCUGUCUGCCGGCGUUUGCUGCAUCCGCAUCUUCUCCCUGGACGUCACUCACGUGUUGGUCCCGCAGCGAUCUGAUUCCAUCACCUUGGGCUGCACGUCGCCACCACCGGAGCCAUUCUUGCACAGCAUGUUGGAUUUGGAGGAGUUCGUCCCCCCGGUGCCCCCACCCCCAUAUUACCCCCCCGAAUACACCUGCAGCUCCGAGACCGACGCGCAGAGGUGGGCAGCUGGGGGGCGGUGGGUGCCUGGGGGGGGUGGGGGGUAAGGGGGGGGUGGGUGACAGCAGCCCGUGGCCACCGUGAUUUGUUGUCCUUGUGCCCCAUUUCUUGACCCAUAGCUCCAUUGACACCGCAUCCCAUGGCCACCGCCGUGCCACAUGGCCACUGUGCCCUAUAGCCCCAUGGCCACCACCACACCCCAUGGCCACCACCACGCCCCAUGGCCACCACACCCCAUGGCCACCACCAUGCCCCAUGGCUACUAUGCCCCAUAGCCCCAUGGCCACCACAUCCCAUGUCCACCACACCCCAUAGCCCCAUAGCCACCACGCCCCAUGG